AUGCAUUUCCAAACUGUUCCCCUUCUCCUGAGCGCCAUCGCGGCAGCUACUACCGUUUCCGCUCAGUCUGUGGUCGGUAAGGCUUACGGUUUCGCCACCGGUGUCACUGGUGGUGGCUCCGCUGCCGCUGUCACCCCCAGCUCUGCCGCAGAGUUGGCCAAGCUUCUUUCUGACGACACCCCUCGCACCAUUGUUAUCGACAAGACCUGGGACUUCACUGGUACCAAGGCUACCGGCGCCGGAUGUGACAGGAAGACCUGCAGUUCCAAGAACGGAGGCCAACUCUAUCUCGGAACCCUCUCCUGCGGCGGCUCGGACAACGUCGCCGUCAGCUCCAUCUCUUACGACAAGGCGGGCACCGAGCCCCUCAUUGUUGGCAGCAACAAGAGCAUCAUUGGAAAGAAUGGCAAGGGAGUCCUCAAGGGCAAGGGACUGCGCAUCAAGAAGGGCGCGAAGAACGUCAUCAUUCAGGGUUUCGAGGUUACGAACUUGAACCCUGGCAUUGUUUGGGGUGGUGAUGCCAUCGACCUCCAGGGUGGCAACGACGGUGUCUGGAUCGAUCACAUGAAGAUUUCCCUGGUUGGCCGCAUGUUCAUCGUCACUCACUACGACGGCUCCCGCGUUACUGUCUCCAACAACGAGUUCGACGGCCAGACUACCACUUCCGCCUCUUGCAACGGCGACCAUUACUGGACCAUGAUGUUCUACGGCAAGGGAGACCAGGUCACCCUCGACAAGAACUACUUCCACGAUGUCUCCGGCCGUGCCCCUAAGCUCGGCGAGCCCGGCGUUACCGGCACCUUCCAGGCCAGCAACAACUACUUCAAGAACAUGAAGGGCCAUGCUUUCGACAUCUACUCCGGUGCUAGCGCCCUUCUCGAGGGUAACGUCUUCGACUCCGUGUCCACCCCCAUCACCAAGCAGGGUGCUUCCGUUUCCACCGUCUUCAACGUCAAGGACUCUGCCGCUGCGUCCAAGUGCUCUUCUACCAUCGGCCGUGCUUGCCAGGUCAACAGCCUUGCCUCCAGCGGUGACUGGCCUUCGCUGGCUGGCACUGGAGCUCUCUCUGCUCUUGCAAAGGCCAAGAACUACCUCGUCACUCCCGUCGCUGCCAGCAAGGUUGCCAGCCUCGUCAGUGGCUCCGCUGGUCCCGCCAACGUUGGUUCUGCAUCCAGUGCUUCCAACGCUACUCCCGUCACCUCUACCCCUGCUAAGGAGUCGACCUCUGUAAAGGAAGAGGCUGCUGCCCCGGUUGCUUCUACCCCUGCCAACACCGGAGCAUCUCCCGCUCCUGCCACCGGUGCCGAGGCUAAGGCCUGGGCUCAGUGUGGUGGUCAGGGCUGGACUGGCGCAACCAACUGCGCAUCUGGCACUACCUGCGUCAAGCAGAACGAGUGGUACUCUCAGUGCUUGAGCAGCCGCAAGGCUAGAUCCAUUCUGCGUCGCCGCCAAAUUCAGGCUUAA